AUGAGUGAGAAUAUGGCAGCGCAGUCUGUGACUCGAAAGUUCUCCCGAUAUCGUGCGCGAGGUGCGACAACCGGCGACGUCGAAAUGCCCCCACCUGCACCUGUCGCUAGCGUUGGCGAGCAAAACCCCUCGAUCGCGAGAAGCAGAUCUCGAUAUCGUCGCAAUCGGCCAUCGUCAAAUGGAAAUAUCGCACCUCCUACUCCUGCCCUUCCAAGCUACGCGCGACUUCAACCGAACCAGCGGAGUGAAGGAGAAAGUGUACGUGCAACCAAUCGCCCUUUGGCAACACAAGAUGAGGUAGCAUACACACGCCAGGCGCACCGACAAGAUGCGAUGGAACAAUUGACUGGAGAGGAUACCUCGGCGCAACACGUUGGGCAACCUCAGGCCUCCGUCACGCCAAAACAAGUCGCGCCAUUACCCCGAUCGCAAACGGCCCCGGCGCACCCCCCGGCGCAUCCACCGCGCAGUGCCCACUCGGAGAACGAUGGUUAUCGCAAGUCUUUCUUUCAGAAGGUCAAACUUUCAAGAUCCAAGGACCAUGACAAGAAGAAUGAGCCCCUUCCGAACUACAUUGGGGUGGGAGGAACCGGAGUGGUUCCAGGACUUGAUGCUCCUGUCAGCGCUGUCAACGCCGGAGAACGACGUGCACUUGUCAAAUACGGAGAUGCCACUGCGGAUAUCACUGUCACCCCGUCAACUCAAGUCCGGGAUAUAUUGCUAGAUGCCACGAAGCACUUAUCUCGGGACAUUGACGCAGAAAAAUUUAUUCUCAUGGAAUCUUACUCUCAAGUUGGCCUCGAGCGCCCUCUCCGCCGCUACGAGCAUGUGCGAGAAGUCAUGAAUUCCUGGUCACAUGAUGCGGACAACCAGUUCAUUGUUAUUCCCCCCUCUAGCGUGGACGCUCUGACUCAGCUCGAUGCUGGACAUGCUCCCAGUGGGCAGCCAUCCCCAGUGACUGUCCAUAUUUAUCAUUCCCAGCGCCGUCGCAAGUGGGAUAAGCGAUAUGUUACCUUGCGUUCUGACGGACAAGUCACAAUAUCGAAGAAGGAGAAUGCCAAAGAUCAGACCAAUAUCUGCCAUAUAUCCGACUAUGACAUCUACUUUCCCAGCGCCCGAGCGCUGAACAAGGAUAUCAAGCCACCCAAGAAGUUGUGUUUUGCAAUUAAGAGCCAGCAGAAGUCAUCUAUGUUUUUGUCCACCGAAAACUUCUUGCACUUUUUCUCGACCAGCGACAAGUCCAUUGCCGAUACAUGGUACAGAGCAGUUCAGAAAUGGAGAAGUUGGUAUCUUGUCAAUAAGAAAGGCGUAGGCCAGAAACAAGAGACUGAAACGCCAAAGCGCGCUGGAACGAAGAAAUCGACUAAUCAGUCGAGAAAUGUGCACAACGAAGUCCCACUUCUACAACGGGAGACUCCUACUGAAUCCCCGAAGCGUGGAAGCUCCGAUCAACAGAGACCAACAAGCUCCAAAGACAUCUUUACCCGGAAGAAGACCCUUCGUGGACAUGUACCCCCUCCAUCUUCAUAUCCCCAGCCCCUGACACUGGAUACCGAUAUGGAAGGGCCCUUCACCGACAAGCAUGCCUUAGUUUCAGGCAUCUCGCCCGAAGAAGUGGAAACUUCUACUUUUGCGCCAUCCGGACUCCUAGGCCGAACUUACACCCAGCGACAAACUGCUAUGCGGGAACGGGAUGAUCGCGAUAGGAGGGCUAAGCAGGAAGCCUUUACAGGCACUGGCUUUAUGAGCGGAGGAUCCACCCAAACCCCGGGCUACGACUCAAGUCCUAAUAGCCGGACUAACACCAUGACUCGAGCUCCCGAUUCAUCCCAUUUCAAUAAAACCCCAUCCCUCAACCAGAAGCCCCUGAUUGAUCUCACUCCAGUCUAUGCCGAGCCACCGCAGCAUAGUCGCAAGGGCAAGGGCCAUGGUGUCAAAGUCCAACCAGGCAUGCAACUGAUUGACGGCGCCACUGGCCCAGAUCAGACGCCGGGAGGAAUCGCCAUCCCACCCUCGACUUCGUGGCGCCGGCCAGCCGCACCAGUAGAAACCACACCUCAGCGGCGCAACACUACUCGCAGUAUGCGUCAUCAGCCAAAUGCAUAUGCGCCUCCUAUUUCUGCUGAGGGAAGCCCGGCACUUCCCACCGCCCAGUUCACCCCACACAGUCUGCUGGCACAUUCAGCCAGCACGACUAGCCAUCGAAACCCGCGCAGUGGACACGGCGUCGCAACGGGAGACCGCAAUGCCACACGGCCGUUGUUGGAUAUGUCCCCUGAGAAUCCCUUUGCCGAUGGCAGUCUUCUGCGGCACUUGUAG